AUGGUAAACGUCGUGAGCGUACAGAAGAGAAAGAAAAGGGAGGAAGUGAUCAUCCCUGCCACGACAUUUUGUCUUGGUUGCUGGCAAACUUAUCGCCUUCAAUGGAAGCUUAACCUUAUUGAACAGUUGAAGAGGCAGUUAAAUGAACCCGCAGUUGAUUUCCCACUUGAUGAUCUCUCAAAGCUCAAUAGCAUGGAGUACCGAAGGGUGCGACUUACAGGAGAGUUUCUGCAUGAAAGGGAGUUCCACAUCGCUCCUCGCGGACGAUUUGAUCCAGGUCAUGAGGAGAAAAGCGCCGGUUCAUUGCUAUCAAGUGAUAAUUUAUCCAGUCAUGGUGCUCAUAUCAUAACGCCAUUUCGCCUGUCAAAUUCAGAUCUCGUAGUGAUGGUGAACCGAGGAUGGGUUCCAGCAUCAAAGAUUUCAUCGUCUUCUCGUAGUUCUACCCAACCCAAAGGCGUGGUGACCUUGGAAGCUGUCGUAAGAAAGAGUGAAAAGCGUCCACAAUUUGUUAGUGAUAACGUGCCAGAAAAGGGACUUUGGUUCUACAAAGAUUUUGCUCAAAUGGCUAAGCAGUACAAUACGGAUCCUAUCUAUCUUGAGGCGGUUUACGAAUCUACUGUUCCUGGUGGACCUAUAGGUGGGCAGUCAAACGUGAACGUUCGAAACGAGCACCUAUCGUAUCUGCUCACAUGGUAA